AUGCCCUGGGAGGCAAAACAUGGCAGUCAACAAAAGCGGGAGAACCUGCCUGGCCUAAUGAAGAUGAAAAAGAACCUGCACGAAGACAAUGAUGUUCAUGAAAACGAGGAUGAGGACAAAGACGCCGACACCACCAUCUCAACUACAGCCAGGCCAAGAAAACAGAAACAUCCCAAGUGCGGACAGAAGUCGAAGACAAAGCGAAAUACCUCAGACGGUGCCUCACGUCCUGAACUGCAGCAGAUUGAGCUGGAGGAUUAUGGGAUCAUCGAGGUUGAUGACACGUCCAUUAGUCAUUACAAGGCUGCCCACGAUUUCUGCGUCCUGAGAGACCUUUGUUAUGAUAUGCAAGAUAUCUGGCCCCAGGUAGCCUACGAUGGGUUGAAUACUGCAGUUGCUGCAGGCGUAUGCAAUGUUGCCACCGGCAGGAUCAAGGAUGAGGAAUCCCAAUCUUCAUUGAGCUUUUGGAAAAGAGACUUUUAA